AGUGAACGUCACAUCUCUAAAUGUUUUGGAAGGUUACAAAGUCUUGUUUUUCUCAGGUUACCCACUGAUUUUUUAUUUUGAUCUGUUUAUUCUUUUUCCUUGUGCUGUCAUACUUCUGACAAUAUGUUAAAGCCAAAAAUACUCUCCCAGGUUUUGGGUCAAGCUAAUACGAAUGGUGUUGAAAAUACUUUGCUUUUGAAUCAUGAAGGAGCUUUAUUAGCCUACAGUGGUUAUGGGAAUAGAGAUGCAACAGUCACAGCAGCUAUUGCUAGCAACAUUUGGUCAGCUUAUGAGAAAAAUGGUAGAAUGGCUUUAAAAGAAGAUUGUCUUCAAAUGGUCCUGAUGGAGUGUUCAGAAGGGAAGGUGGCAAUAACCCAAGUUGCAAAUGUUCUGUUAUGUCUGUGUUCUAAACAGAGUGUUGGUUUUGGUAUGCUUAAAGAAAAGGCUCAAGCUCUUUCUAAGUAUUUAGAAGGUCCUUUAUCAAGAGUUAUUACAUGUUAAAUUUUAUUUGUAAUGGUAUAUAAUUUAUAAUAAUAAAAAAUUCUAAUUAUCU